UAAAGCUCUUCUUUGAUUUCAUUUCUCAUUAUUAACCAAAACAAUCUCUUUAUAAUCAAAUAUUCCUCCGGUAACAUAUCAAUGGGUUUCAAACCAUUUCUUGAAGGUGGCAUCGCCGCAAUCAUCGCCGGAGCUCUGACUCACCCAUUAGACCUCAUCAAAGUCCGUAUGCAGCUCCAAGGCGAACACUCUUUCCCUCUCGACCAAAACCCUAACCCUAGUCUUAAUCUUGAUCAUAACCUUCCCGUCAAACCUUACCAACCUGUCUUCGCUCUUGACUCUCUCAUCGGAAGCAUUUCCUUAUUACCCUCAUCCAUACACGCGCCGUCUUCUUUCACGCGCUCCGUCACGACCCCUUACGCCGUUGGAGCCCGCAUUGUCAAAACGGAAGGACCCGCCGCUCUCUUCUCCGGUGUCUCAGCCACCGUCCUCCGUCAGAUGCUUUACUCCGCCACGCGUAUGGGUAUUUACGACUUUCUUAAACGAAGGUGGACUGAUCGACUCACCGGUAACUUCCCGUUGGUCACCAAGAUCACAGCCGGGCUCAUCGCCGGAGCCAUUGGAUCGGCCGUCGGGAAUCCUGCUGAUGUGGCGAUGGUGAGAAUGCAAGCCGACGGAAGUUUGCCGUUAAACCGCCGCAGAAACUACAAGAGCGUUGUGGACGCGCUGGAGCGGAUCGUAAGGCAGGAAGGUGUCUCAAGCUUAUGGCGUGGCUCGUGGCUGACCGUGAACCGUGCGAUGAUCGUGACGGCUUCUCAGCUCGCCACGUAUGAUCACGUCAAGGAAAUCUUGGUCGCCGGAGGGCGUGGGACGCCGGGAGGGAUAGGAACGCACGUUGCGGCAAGUUUUGCGGCGGGGAUUGUCGCAGCGGUGGCGUCGAAUCCGAUAGACGUUGUGAAAACGAGGAUGAUGAAUGCGGACAAGGAGUAUUACGGUGGACCGUUGGAUUGUGCGGUGAAGACGGUGGCGGAGGAAGGACCGAUGGCUUUGUACAAAGGGUUAGUUCCGACGGUGACAAGGCAAGGACCGUUCACGAUGAUCUUGUUCGUUACCUUAGAACAAGUUCGUCGCGUGUUAAAAGACGUUAAAUUUUGAUUAAUACAGUAAACGUGUUUAUAUAAGAGUAAGUACAUAGACGAUUAAUAAAUUUUGACCAUAUUCGAAUAUGUUGUAUAUAUUUCAUAUGUAUAAAG